AGCAAGCUGGCAACAACACGCAUUUAUUUUUAGUUCAACGUUUGUCGUGUCGUUCGCAUCACGUAUAACCCUUGCAGAUAAAAGUUUUAAGUCAAUAAGAACACUAUUUUCAAUAUAACAAAGUGCAUAUUCAUUAUUUACAUAAGCAAAGUUGAUUUCGAGUCUUUGGAAUGUGUUUACAAACAAACUAACCGGCAAACUUUUAAAACAACAUUCAAAUAUAAGUUUUAUUCACUGUGUUCAUAGAGACUAAAAUCGAGUGCGUGUCUGUCACGAUGGCCAAUACCUCUGUGGAAGAAUAUUACUACGUGGACGGAAGGAAAAUGAACCUUAUGGAAACUUUGAUAAGGGAGGUGGCUGCUACGCCUGCGCUGUGGAAUAGAUAUGACAAUAAUUAUAAUAGAACCUCUAUGGAUGCUGAAUGGGGAAGGAUUGCAGCAUUGUUGGGCAAAGAAAAGAACUUCAUUAAACACAAAUGGCGUAACUUACGAGACCAAUUCCUGAGAGAAAGCAAGAAAGUUAAAGUUCCCUAUGACAACCCUACGAAGCCCUACAUCGAGUACUACAGAGGAAAGUGGUUGUACUUCGAACAAAUGCUCUUUUUAAGAAAAUCAUUACCUACCGAUGUAGUCACUGUUAAAGACAACGAGUACCCAGAAGAAAUGGAAAUACAAGAAGAGUCUAUUAUCAAAGAAGAAGUAGUAGAAUAUGAAGAAAAUCCGUUACUCUCCAAUACCGUAUUUACUGUGGAUCACAGCGACUACUGUCAUGACUAUGACGGAGCAACUCCAAUACAUUCUCUGUGUAUAGGCAACGACAAUAAUUUCAUCAUAAACCCUAAAGAUGAGAUGAUAGAAAAAAUAAAUAAUGAAGAAAAAUUAUCAGAAGCAAGCAUAAGUAGUAGUCGUAAAAGAAAAUGUUCCGACUCCACAGAAUCUGUGGUUUCAGAGAAAACUAAAAGACUAUCGGUGAACGAGAAUUCGUCAUGUGAAGAUCAAAGUGAUAUAGACGAUGACUUACAUUUUGUAAAGAGUUUAGUGCCUUUCUUAAGGAAAUUAACGCCAAUUAGAAAACUAUUAGUUAGGAAUGAAAUUCAAAACUUGUUGAUUAGAGAAAGCCUUUGUGAUAAAUGUAAGCAAAAUACCUCGCAUACCUGUUGAUCGGUUUAGUAUCAAAAUUUUUAUUUUAAUAUGUUUCAAGUUCAUAUUUUUAAAUAUAUUUUUUA